AUGGUGGACACUUUCAUGCCUGCUUUUGAUGAAGGAUUUGGACAGGAUAGCUCAUUGCGGUCACCAUGGAAAUGCGAGCAAAUUUCAACUUCCAUACAGCGAGAGAGGAGUGCCACUAAACACCAACUGGGUCACCAACUAGGCUCUAUUUGGCUUUCGACACAAAAUGCUGAAGUAAUGCUCAUCUGGGAUCCACCGGGGCUGACGGGACUUGGAAGCGAAUUGCAGUUGGAAUUGCCAUAUGCCUUCGGCAGAACAACAUUUUUCGUACAAAUGCAACUUCAUUUCAUCCUCGUUACUUCAGGAGUCAGUCUUGUCCCACGAGAAGCUGCUCUCAAAUCUCAGAUUCAUCAGAUUGAAACUUUAGUCCACUUUUGGUUAGAAAACAUUUUUGGGAACAAGGCUGUGUUGUUUAGUGACUUUAUGAGGUCUACUAAUGUCAAACCAAACAUAAAAUGCUGAACUGGUCGCUUGUUGUGCAUACAAUUAAAGGCACUGGGUCUCUUCUUCUGGUUCACUAAUUUUGCCCGGGCUAGAGCAGAUGCCAUUAGCCCUAUCUUGAUUUAUGUCGAUGGUGGUAGGCUUUAUCUUUUUGCCCUGAUUUACGAGACUUCCACUCAAUUUUUGUCAGAACUGACGAAUAGCUUCGACGGCAGGAGUCAACUGGUCACUCUCAUCUUGGGUGUGUUUGCGCACCUCGUACCGAUCGCCUCGUUGCAUUGUCAUGGUUUCUUCCGGCGUCAGCGGGCUUUUUCUUCGGAUGUACUUUCAUUUAAAUUGCAAAGUAACUCGACUGCUUAG